AGCUCCUCACUCGGCUCUCAUUGACGCACCCGCUCACACACUCUUCAAACUCACACUCAGACCUUCCUUCAGCUGAGCCUCAAACCUGCUCAGCUGCUGUGGGUGGGAGUACAAUCAAAACACAGCGUCUGACCACGCAAACUCCUGUCUCCUUCUGACCGAGCCAUGCUCCUCCAUCUGUAGGACGGGAGCGCUUCACACUGUGCAAAGCUUCCGACUGGGGCGAUAGAGAGAAGCUCCCCGACCCGGACCCCAUCCCAAAUAGAGCAGCAGAUGUGACUGAGAAGGAGAGGCGGAGAGAGAAACACAAUCUGCCCCCCCGCCACCCCCCACCCCGUCCCGUCUUCAAGAACAAUACCCUGCCUUCAGCUGGAGAGGGUCAGCUUUUGUCCUUCUCCCCGGGCUGCAGCUCAACUGAAGAGCAGACAGACGCGCUGACACGUUGACCCGCUGCAGCGAAGAGGAGAGGACGCGGCAAAGCAGCCCGCUGCACUCCACUUGCUUUGAUUCAGUACUUGGACAGUUCCCGAGCAACAACUGGAGAGAGCGUGUGAGCGUGUUUUCAGCAGACUGUGGAGCGUCUGGCUCAUGAGGGACUAAAGAUCACAUCUCACUUGCAGAUUAAAAAAGACACACACACAAAAAAAAACCCUGAGAUGCAGACACCAUGUUCACUCAAGCUCGACCUCAGUGGUCCUUCUCCGACCCUGGGAUCGGAGGGAAGCACCGCCACCUGCAGCUUCCUGCAGCUGGGAGAGAAGCAGCUCUUUGAGAAGUUUUGGAAAGGGACUUUCAAGGCUGUGGCCACACCGAGACCGGAGAGCGUUAUUGUGGCGAGCAUCACCGCCCGCCGCAGGGUGACCGGCUCAGAAACAACAACAUCCUACCAGCCGCUUCAGACAGACGAUCGGAAAGCCGCUGACAUGCGGGUGGACAGCGCAGACAGGAACGGCUGCAUCAAAGGAAGCGGACGUAAACACCACAGCCACCGCAGGGCCAGAAUCCCCUCCUUUAAUGGCGUCCUCUCCCCUCGGGCCAAAGGGAAGAAGAAGAAGAGAAAGUCUGAGAGGAAGAGGAAAAGAAGAAGGUCUCCUUCACACAGUCUGUCACCACUGAGGAAGAAGAAAAAGAAGAAGAAGAAGAGCUCCAAGAAAAGCAAGCGCCAUAGGUAUACCUCUAAGAAGUCAAAACACAGCUCUUCAAGUUUAAAACGUAAGAGGAAGGAUGAACGCAAGCACAAGAAAAGUUCACGGAUUCGCUCGCGUCGAAGGCGGCGCUACAGGAGGUCGGAGUCGUACGCUUCCUCCUCCAGAUCCUUCACGGGGGACAGACACCUGCAGAAGUCUGUGGUUCAUCAGGCUUCCAGAGCCACCGGAGGGGCAGGAGAGGAAACCCGAGCAGCGCUGAACCCCACCGAAGCAAAGUGGAGACAUGCAUCUAAAUCUGUGUGUAAAACGGCUCCUAAAUAUCGCUCCAUCCUCUCAGCGGGCACCAUUUUGUCGUUGAAGCCUGGAAGCGAGCUUUUAAAUGGGAAAGGAGCUCAGGAUUUUUCGAGUCACGCCAAAGGUACACGUGACUACGACUCUGGUAACGACACAUCCUCACCUCCAUCGAGCAAAACCGGUGUUUCUCGAGCAAGUGUCGCUGAAAACCAGAGGACCUGCUGUCAACGUCUUACCUCGCCUCCGGAGAAGCAACGCUAUGCUGACAGAGACAACGGCUCGGAUUCAGGGAACUCUGUGACAAGCUGCGCUUCCUCAUGCAAACCCUACAGGGAAGAUGGCUUCUCUGCUAACAUUUUCAGUGGAAACAGCAAGAGUGGGCAGAUAACCUUGCGGUGUGAGGAAGAAGUCGUGAGAUGCACGAAGGCAGCCCGAUGUGCGCAGCGGAGGAGCAGGUCGUCUAGAAAGCGGCGGAAAACGCUGUCCUCCUCCACCAGUAGGAGCAGAUCUUCAGGGACUUCCAGGUACUCUGGACGCUAUUCUCGAAGCCCUUCGCUGUCUUCUUGCAGCUCGUACUCUCGUUCCCUGAGCAACUCAUCAGAUGUGAAGCGAAGAGGCAGCUUGGUCAGCCUGAGCUCCAGAGGAAGCUACUCCAAAUACAGUGCUGAUAGACUACGAGACAGAAAGCGGCAGUCCAGUUCCAGAGAGACAAAUCUGAAGCACAUGCAUAAGGUUAGUGGAAAGAGACGAAGACGCAAGUCCUACUCUCCUAUGAGGAAGAGGAGAAGAGACUCCCCAAGCCAUCUGGAAGCACGCCGCAUCACAAGUGCCAGGAAGCGACCCAUCCCUUACUUCAGACCCAGCCCUUCCUCCAGCAGCCGCUCCACCAGCGUGUCGUCGUGGAGCAGCCUCUUCACGCGAAGCCGCAGUCGCAGUCCGAUCCACAGCGUGAGCCGCAGUCGCAGCCACAGUUGCAGUCGCAGCCGCAGCCGCAGUCGCAGUCGCAGUCGCAGCUACUCUUCCUACAGGAGCUACAGCCGGAGCUCAUCGUGGAACUCCAUCUUUGGGUCUCGCAGUCGCAGCCGCAGUCGGGGUUCUUUGAAGAAACGAAGGAAAACCCGGCGUUAAUGUUUUUCUGUGCAGAGACAGAAACUACAUCUGUAUUCGUGGUCAGGACAGAAGCUGUAGGGGCUGAUGCUUGGACUAAAAUAUCCCAGCAUUUCUUCAAGGCCAUCUGUCACUGAGAUAUUUCUAAAACGUUUUUACUUUUUGUUCCUGCACAUCAUCCUCUUGCACCAACAAGAGAAGUUGCAUUUCCACAUUAAUCAAACCAACGUCCAUGUUGAAUACGUCCAACUGAGAUGCAAGUUUGUGCACUUCUCACUAAUUCUUAUGUCUUAAUGCUUAAAAUUAACUUAAUAUGUUAUUAUGCAGUAAUGUGGGAAAAAAAACAACAUUUGGUUUAAAACCAGGCCCAUGAAGCACUGAAAUUACUUAUCCCAUUUAGUUUAUGCCCUGAUGUUUAGCAGGGCAGCAAACACGAACUGUUGUGUCGGGUCUUUGUGACACUGAUUUUACACCAACAGAUAAAGUACAGGGGUAACAUUUAAGCUGUUUGAUCCUGGCGCUCACAGACGACUUCACAGGGAUCGUUAUCAGGAAUCAGGAAAAGGCUUCUGGCUCUGAUCUCAGCACUUCACAAGACGGAGAACAAACAUGUUUCCUCGGCGUAGGUGGCCUGACGGCGAGCAAACGGCCUGUCAGCUUAAAUGUCACUUUAAUUUCUCCUCUGAUCAAGUGGAAAACAAUUUAAAAUGUCUGUCUAAAAUACAUCAGCGAUCAUAUUUUCAUGGAAUUGCAGGAAGUUUUUCCCUCAACAACUAUUUCUUCCUCUUGAUCCUUUUCAGUUUUUGUCAGAUUACAACCCGAAACGUGAAUGUAUUUCAUUGGGAUGAGCAGUUGGGACAGACCAAAACAAAGCAGCACAUAAUAGUGAAGCUUAGGGACGCACAAUAUGGACAUCAGUAUCAGCUGAUGUUAGUCAUUUUUUAACAUGUCGACAUGAAGUCCAAUAUGUAAAGCUGAUAUCAACAGCUGAAAAUCUGUAGCCCCUUUUGCAGACUCUACCAGAUUUUUUUGGAAGAUUCCCCUGGAUUUACUGAUCAGCUGUCUUGUCCCUGCUGUAGAUUAGCCUUACCACAGCAUUACACUACCGGCAUCAUACUUCGUCAUAGGGACAGUGUGUUCCAGAGGAAUAGCAGUGUUAGUUUUCUGCCACAGAUAGUAUUUUACACAUAGGACUGAAUGAUCAGUUUUGAUCUCAUCAGAUCUUUUACAUGUUUACUGUAUCCUCCACAUGACUUGUAGUAACUGCAAGGUAGAUUGUUUUUUUGUUGUUGUUGUUGUUUUUUUAAUUAGUAGCUUCCUUCUUACAUAAAGGCCAGAUUAGAGAAUUACUGUUUGUCCUGUCAAAAGGUCUCAUAUCUGAGCAGUGGAUCCCUGCAGCUCCUCCCAAGUUACCAUUUGCCUCUUCCCUGCUUCUUGUGUCCUUGAUGAUCAGGUCUUGUUAAAUUUACACACUCUCUGCUCCUUCAGAUAAAUGUGUUCCUUCCUUUGCCUUCGCGAUGCCGUUUGUUUCCAUGUUUUCACAGAGCAGCUGCAGUUUGACUAAGAUUCAUUUAAACACACCUGCACUGUUUACAAAUUAUGAAAAUACUCAACCACCUGGCUAUAACAGAUUUUUUAGGAUUAUCAGAGGAUGUGUCAAAACUUUUUAAAAGCAUAAAUAUUUUUUCCUCUGACUUGACUAUUGUCUGCCUCUGUGGGUUGGUCUUUCCAUUAAAAUCUCAAUAUACUGACGUUUUUUUGUAAAAU